AUGAUAAAAUAACUUCCAAAUAGUUCAAGGGAAAGAAUGACACUUAUUGAUUUACUUUUUGAUGAAAGCUAUCCAAAAUAGAGAACUUUACCUUAAAGUAUUCCUCAAAUCCGUACAAAAAUAAAUGCUAAGAAAUCGGCCCCAGAUAUUAAAUCUUAUGAAAGUUAGAUUUAACUGAAAGAAUAACCAAUAAAAUAAAAAGAUAAAAUGUCACACAUUUAUUCAAUAAAUGAAUUCAUAAUUUAAAAUCCUAAGCAACAAAAAGUAGAUUAUUAAUAAGUAUAAAAUUCUUAAAAUAAAUUACUGGAGUUGUUAAAACCAAUUAAUUUUAAGAAAUAAAAGAAAAAAGAAAAUUUCAGAUUGCAUAAGAGUGAGAAUUGUUAAAUAAAUUAAUAUAAAUUACCAAAUUUAUCAUCAAGAUAUCUAAAUACUAAUAAUAAUAACUUUAAUUCAUAUGGAAUGUAAGUAAGAUAAUCUGUUUAGGAGAUUAUUAAAUGUAAAAUAUGUUUCACGUAUAUUGAUCAUGAUAAUUUUAAACUGAAUUGUUAACAUAAUUUUCAUAAAGAUUGCUUAAGAGAUUAAUUAUAAUAGUUAAUAAAUUAAGGACAAUACAAUUUGAAUUGUAUUAGUUGUAAUGAUAGAAUAAAGAAUAGUUAAUUAAGAAACAUAUUAAAUAAGAGUAUGCUUGAAUUAUACCAUUUAAAUUAAAUUAAAUUCAUAGUUUCAAGAUAUCAUAAUUUAGUAAAAUUUGAGAAAUGUAAAAAAUGUUUCUUUUUUUGGAUUAAAACACAAUCAGCCAAUAAUUUUGAUUCCUAUUGUCAGAUUUGUGACUAAAGUAAUUUUAAAUGA